UGUUAAUAUAUAUGUAACAACUAACAUCCACUUUAAUUUCAACACCAAAAUUGAAGUUUGGAGCAGAACUUCAUAGUUCGUACAGAAAAUGACGAACCCUGAUGAAGAAGUAAGCGACCCUCAUUGGCAAGGACCGGAGAUCAUCGAUCUUGGGAAACCCUAUCAACACGGAAGAGAAAUGAUUUUCAGUGUAGGUGUUCGCUACCUAACCAUUACUUGGGGAAACCAAAGAAGAUUCUGGAAAGAGUUUGAUAAUAUAUCUGACCCGUUCUGUGGGUUGGGAGAAGCAAAAUUGCUUGUUCAAGUGAACUGGCUGGAAGUAACUGGAAAACUAAGCAUGGGAGAAUUGAAGCGUCAUAAUGGUGAUUCAAUUAAGACGUAUGAGAUAUUUUAUGUGGUUAGCUUCAAUGAGGAUGCAUAUGGUUGGCACUCCGCACCGGUCAAGUUCACGGUGAAACCCAGGGUGGAGCCUCUACCGUUCAUCGAGGUGAAUCUGGAGGAGUACCGGAAGAAGCAUGGUCAGUGGCAUGAGAUCUCCGGUGGUCGCUUUCCAGUUUCCGGUGAAAAAUAUGUUGAGUUUGGAAUGUACGAGGUUGAGACUGCAUGGUGGAAAGGUGGCAUGCAUCUUGCUGGCGUCAUCAUUAAGGCCGUCAAUGAUGAUGAUCAAACUGCUCAUACUAAAAGGGAUCAACAAGGCGGUUACUCCUGUGAAAAAUUAUAAAUUAUUCAAUUAUUCAAUUAAAUAUAUUCAGUUAAAUAUGUAAACAAUAUACAAUAAUAUCUUCAAGUGAAGACGUCUUUAAGAAAGCAAGGAGUAUGAGAAAAUAUAAAAUAUUUGCCUUGUACAAACUAAUAAUAUUGUGUAAAUUCUAAAUGUGAGAGAAUUUAUAUUUUUUCCACUAAGUAGGUGGUGUGACCUAUUAACACAUUACUUGGUCUCUUAAUCAAGAGAUUGAGAUUUCGAA